CACCAUGUAGGUGAUACAUUCUACAAACGGAAAUACAAGACCAAACAUAGAGCCAGAGACAUUGACGAGGUUGAUAAUGACUUAAAGAAAGAAAAUGCAGACCGUUUGUUGAAACAAGCUCUUGAUUUUGAUAAACCUGGUGAAGGACAACACUACUGUAUACAUUGCGCGCGUUACUUUUUAAGUGAUCAAGUCUUACAAGAUCAUUUCCGUACAAAAUUACACAAGAAACGAAUUAAAGAACUUAGACUUGAGCCAUAUACAAUUGAAGAGGCCGAAAGAGCAGCUGGUUUUGGCAGUUACAUAGCUCCUAAAGAAAGAGUCAUUGUUACACAACCAAUUAAUGUGGAAGAAUACAAAGAACCUGAACAAGUUGCUGAUAUUUGUUCAUUAAAUAUAGAUUUACAAUGAUUAAAAAAUUGUUUUCUAUUAAUUCCCUUUUAAAGGUAACUAAAAAAUAUAGUACAUCAAAACUGUAUAUACCGUAUAAUCAGACAUCAGAUACAUAUGUUGUCGUUGAACCAUAUUUGGAUCUGGAGAAUCGUUUAAAAAAUAUAAAUAUUUUAAAAGAUAAUAUUACAUUAAGGGGUUUAAAUAUCGAUUUAGAUAAAAUAUGUGAUAAUUGGUCAAGUUUCACAAAUGCACGAGACGAAAUCGUCUGUUUAAAUGUCGAAAAACAAAAAAUUGCUGAACAAUUUAAAAAAAUUAAAAAGGACAAUAGUAAUGAAAUACAGAUGCUUAAAGAAAGUAGAACAAAAGUAAUGACAAGAUUAAAGUCAUUGAGAGAUGAUAUUUCUACAUUAGAAAAGGAAGUGGUUAUUCCUAGUCUUAGCAUACCCAACAGCUUACAUCCUGAGUGCCCUUUAUCUGAAAGUAAAAUUUUAUUUCAACAUUCGGGAAAAAUUAAAAUUGAUAAUAAAGACUGUAUAGAUCAUUUAAAAAUUGGCUCAACGUUGGAAUGUUUGGAUUAUAUAAAUCCUGUAAUUGUUUACAUUAAGAACGAAGCAUCUCUCUGUGAACAAGCAAUAAUGGCUUAUUUCAAUGAGUCUUUAGAAAAGUCUGAUUUUAUACCUUUUUGUAAUUCAGACCUUAUUAGAAGUAUAAUUAUUGAAGGAUGUGGUGCUGACAUUGACAACGCUGAUCAAACAUUUAUUUUAAGUGAAAAAAACCUGCACUUGACGGGUGGUGCAAGUCUUCAAUCUUUCUGCGCAUUUCUUACCAAAAUGUGUGUUGGUGGAAACAAACUGCCUCUGAAGUUGUAUUCAACUGGUCGAUCAUAUAAACCAUUUAUUAAAAACAUUGGACUUUUCUCUGCUGUGCAAACAAAUGCUGUUGAAGUUUUAAUUGGUUCAACUGAUAAAUGUAAAUCCAAAGACCAAUUUGACAAAAUGUUAACCAUUUACCAACGACUGUAUGAAAAUAUUGGUUUAGACUAUCGCAUAGUUUACUCUCCAGUUUCCAAAUUAGAAAACUGGGAAAGUUUAAGGGCUCAAGUAGAAUUAUACUCUGUUAGCUGUAGAACGUAUGUUACUGUUGCUUCAUUGUCUUUAUCUGGGGACUUUAUUAGCAAGCGCUUGAGAAUUUAUUGGUCUGGUAAAGACAAAAACAAUUUUUUACACAUUGUUAACGGAAAAAUGGUAGACACUAAUGUACUGCUAGGAUGUUUGUUAGAACAAAAUGUAAAUGAGUUCACCGUACCAGACUGUAUAAAAAAUUAUAUGAUUUUAUAAAAUAUUUAUAUGAUUUUUUGCUUUGUAUCAUAUACGUGAAUAAAUUACUAUUAAUGUAUUGCCUUUAUA